AUGGUACCUUUGCUUCUUCCCCCGGAGAAUUCGAAGAGAAAGUGCAAAAAAUCUGCUUGGAAUUGGAAUCUGUGGAACGACCAAGAGACUGAGAGAGUAGAGAAGAAAGAAAUGCUGGACAUACUUGAAAAGUUCCUUAUACGCAAAGGCUGUUGCUUUUCAAGGCUUGAUGGAUAUACUCCGACUGGAGUACGCCAGUCUCUUGUUGAUGACUUCAACUCAGGUCCAAGCAAACAGGCCUUCCUCGUAUCAACUCGAGCUGGUGGGCUUGGACUCAAUCUUGUUAGUGCAAAUCGUGUUGUGAUCUUUGACCCAAAUUGGAAUCCUGCCCAGGAUUUGCAGGCACAAGACAGGCAGGUUUACAAGCAACAAUUAGCAAAUAUUGCUGUUUCUGGGAAAACGGAGAAACGUUACUUUGAUGGAUUGCAGAGAAUUUCAAGGAGAGCUGUUUGGUAUCUGCAAUUUGUUCCGGGACCUAAGGAAUUAACUAAUACGUCUGUGGAAGCAUCUCAGAACAUCAAACCUAAAGAUGCAAGUAAAGAAGCGGUCGAACCAGUUCUUGAAGACUUGGGUGGUUGUGCAAAGUGUGCUGAAAAGGGCAAAAGCUACUACUAUGAGAAGAAAAAGCUGUUAUUGUCAAUCCUCCUGCAGUUGCUUGCUGUCAAGAAACUGGACAAAAGGGUUUCUAAUCAACAAAAGGAUGAUGAGUUUUUGGACCUGGUUAACAAUCUUGACAGAAUUCGUCAUGCUAAUGUUGUUGAACUCAUGGGUUACUGUGCGGAACAUGGUCAAAGACUUCUGGUUUAUGAGUACUGCUGCAAUGGAUCACUGCAGGAAGCUUUGCACUCUGAUGAUGAUAUUAGAAAUCAACUUUCAUGGAAUGCCCGGAUCAGAAUGGCUCUUGGUGCUGCAAGAGCUCUAGAGUAUCUGCAUGAGAUCUGUGAGCCACCUAUCAUUCACAGGAACUUCAAGUCUGCCAAUGUUCUUCUUGACGAGGAGCUAGCUGUGCAUGUUUCCGAAUGUGGUUUGGCUUCUUUAAUUACAUCGGGCGCUGUUAGUCAGUUGUCAGGACAACUUCUUACUACAUAUGGAUACGGUGCCCCAGAAUUUGAGUCAGGAGUUUAUACUUCCAAAAGCGAUGUUUACAGCUUCGGGGUUGUGAUGCUGGAACUCUUGACUGGUCGAAUGUCAUAUGACAGGACAAGGGCUCGAGGAGAACAAUUUUUGGUCAGAUGGUCUAUUCCACAGCUUCAUGAUAUUGAUGCCUUAUCAAGGAUGGUUGAUCCUUCUCUGAAUGGAAGAUAUCCUGUUAAAUCUUUAUCUCACUUUGCUGACAUUAUUGCACGCUGUGUCCAGCCGGAGCCAGAGUUUAGGCCUCCAAUGUCUGAAGUUGUGCAGGAUCUCAUAGAAAUGAUACGGAGGGAAUCUCCAAACAGAUCAGAUGGCAACUGACUGAGAUUAUCAAACAAGAAAUGGUGAAUCAGUUUCUCUGAAGCUGCAAAACAGACAACAUUUUUUUUGGAAAUUGACUUGGGAUAAAUGAUCAGGAACCAACCAUGAACUCGAUUCGCCUGCUAACACUACUCUCAAUUCUUUCAUCAAGGGGGCGCCUGGAAGAAGGUUGCUAAUGAGUAGUUCAACAACCAUUUGGUUGUCUGGUAAUCCUGAUUCUUGGAAUUGGUUAACUAUCGACAUUCUAGUAUGACUUUUGCAGUGUGUAGAUCCACUUAAUCCAAUUGUUUGAUAGGUAUUAUUUAACAUUAAUUGUUGAUAGUGAAAAUCAUUUAGCUGUAUCUUGUUAUUGCUGGGCUACGCCCAUUAUUUUGUAUGGGUGUCUGGGGGCAGUGUUGAAAAGCCCUACAUUGUACAAUAAUUAGGGCCCUUAGUUAUAGUGUAUUUUGAUGAUGAUACCAAAUUUUGUUCAUCUGAGAAUGAAAACUUUUGCAAUUAUGUUAAAAGGUGGUUGUGCAAA